UGCUAGAAACGUCAAAAUAGUAAUCAGAAAAUCUAAAUUUUGUGUUCGUCCCACAAAUUCGGUGAUAAAAUUCAGUUUUUUUGGUAAAAAUAUCCCACUAUUAUGCCCGACUCGGGUUUGGCAGUGUUCGAGAAAGACAACUUCAAUGCCGAGAAGUACGUCAAAGAGCUGGUGCAGGAUUGCGUCGGCGGGCCGGAACUGCAGCAGACGAAGGCCAAGAUCCAGAGUCAUAGCGAUACGGUUUCCUCCACCCUGAAGAAGCAUGUCUACGAGAACUAUAUGCAGUUCAUCGAGACGGCCAAGGAGAUCUCUCAUUUGGAAUCGGAGAUGUAUCAGUUGUCGCAUAUCCUAAUCGAACAGCGCAAUCUGCUAUCCACGUUGAGGGAUGAAUCGAUGCUCGACGACCAGAAGUGUAUUAUCGAGGAACAAAGUAUCGAUCCGAAUGAAAAUGAGGAGCAGCAGAACAAAAAGGCGAUUCAGUUGAUUAAGGAGUCUCUUAUCGGCUAUAAGGGAAACCUCGACGACAAAGUGUUCAUCCACGAGGGCGGUCUAAUCGAGCUGGAUCCCAACGAUUACCGCCCCAUCUGUCGGAUCCAUCUGUUUCUCUUCAACGAGAUACUGGUUCUGGCCAAGGUCAAACACGACAAAAAACUGGAAUUCCUCACGGAGUACGACACCAAGAAGAUCGCCGUCAUCAACAUCAAGGACCUGGACGGGGUCAACAAGAAUGCGAUCAACGUGUUCACCAGCGACGGGGCGCGCAUCUUCCAGUGCGUCAACUCGGCCUCCAAGCUGGAGUGGAUCGACAAGUUCGAGGUGGCCAUCAAGUUCAACCAGCUGAAGCACAAGAAGGGUCCCGCACCGCAACCUCCGACUACGCUCAAAUUCGACCGCCAGCAGAAGUCGGUGGACAGCGAGAUGCUCAGUCCGACGGCCUCCGAGGUGGUUUCGAUCGUGGAAAAUCUGGCCCCGGAUUGGUUGGCCUCGGCGCCGGAGGAAAUCCAGGCGGAGAUUGCCCAGCGACACUUUGAGGACUGUUUGGCUUUGGUGCAGAAGUGCGAGGAUUACUUGUCGAAGGACAGUAGCUUUCGCGGGGCGGCCGAAAUCGGGGAAAAGAUCAAAGGGUUGAAGAGCACAUUGUCGUCGGUUCUGAUGCAGGAACUGUCCAAUUCGCAGAGCCGCAGUUUGCAAGCUGCGUUGCGUUCGAGCAGACGACCUCUGAAGCUACUGGUCGAGAUGGAAAAGGCCCGGGAAGCUUGCGGAAUACUGUUACGAGUUUGCAGCAGCGCUAUAAGGACUUCACAGAGACAAGCUCGCCGCAACAAUCUAGCAGUUUCGGAACUGUUCUUUUGCGAUGUAGCGCAGGUUGCCAGCGAGUUCUUAAGAGCCUUCAGCAGCAAGGUCUCCUGUACUAGUGCGUUGAUCGUUUGGUGCAACAUGGAGCUGCAGUACUUCGCCUCGCAACUGAUCAAGCACUAUCUCACCAAGGAUACUCAGUUGGAAAUGGUUGCAAGGGUGGUGGAAGGUGUCAGAGAUCCUUGCUCCAAACUAACCGACAUUGGAUUAGAUUUGUCCUAUCAUAUGGAAGGAUUGCUUCGAAAUACUCUGGAACAGCUCCUAGAGGAAGCUAAAUUUCGUUUGGUAGAUUCCAUCGGACGAACCGAAGACGUCUGGCAGCCUUACAAUCUACAAACGAAGACGAACUUAAGGAGCGUCCUGAAGGAGUUCGAUGUUCUCGGCCUAGAUAUGAAACCCCUCGUCACGGGCGAUACUUGGAUCAAUCUUACUCAAACUUCUGUAAAUUUCUGCAGACACUUCCUGACCACCACGGAGAGCUGUGCCCACCUGGCCAAGUACGAUUCCUUAAAGCAAGAUGCAGAAAUGCUCCUGAAGGAACUUUUCCUGGCACAGCACGCCGUCAAGCCGCAUCCCUCGAUGAGCGUCGAUCUUAACUUUAUCGCAAAGAAUAAAGUCUACAUGGGCGAAGUGCUGCUCCCGAUUGCUAUCGCUCGCUUCGAGAAAAUAUCCGAUAAGAAACCGGAUCUGCUGAUGGAGCUCCAGUUGCAACUGCGAGGACCCCCGAAACCGAAACCUCGAAGCGUUUAUCAGACGGAUGUUCUCUAAAUUUCCACACUGAACCCAGAGAUGAUAUCUUAUAACGUAUUUAUUCCAUUCAAAGUUUAACAUUAGGCAUAGCAAAUAAAGUUAUUUUACAGAUGAAACGCA